CUUAUCGCACAUGUACAUGUACGUGGCGUGGCAUGCAGGCGCGAGUACCGAGUACUCAUGACGUGACUUGCAUAUUCUGAUUUUGGCUGAGAAUAUAAUAGGUUUUGUUUGUUAACCUUUAACUGGCUGAAUUGCACGUAUGCAGGUUCAUUUUUUGUAGCUGAAAGCAAAACACCCCCAAGUUCCGGGUACAUUGAACACUGCAGCCUAAAAUCAGGUCACUCAAACUUAGCUUCAAAGUGAGUUGCUGUUUUUUACUUGAACGUCACGCGUCAACCGGCAAGGCCAGCUGUUCCAAACAAUUUCGUCGACAGUUAAAAGCUUGUUGUAAGACGGAAUCUGAAUCAAUCCAUCAACGGUUUUCUGUUUCUGGUAAAACAAGGACCUAAGUGAACAAUUAGAGUUGACAGCAUGAGUCACACUCACAGCGGAGGACACCACGGAGCAAUGAACGGAACAACUAUGAUGCCCAGUAUGCAUUCUGGGAUGGAUCAUGGCGGCCACAGCGGUGUGCCAGGUAUGACCCAUCCCCCUGGUCACAACAUGGGCCACUCGAUGGUGUUCUAUUUUAGUGACAUGGUGACGAUCCUUUUCCAGGGAUGGCACGUCAACACUGUCGGAGCUCUCGUGGGCUCCUGCUUUGCUGUCUUCUUCAUGGCCAUGUUCUACGAAGGCCUGAAGGUCUUUCGGGAGACGCUGCUGCGUCGGUCAGCCGUCAACGUCCGCUUCCACAGCAUGCAGUUGUCCAAGAGCUCCGAAGCGAUGCUGACUGAGACCCACAGCGCCGGAGAGUCUCGCAUCCUCAGCGUCAGCCAUUUCAUCCAGACCCUCCUGCACAUGGUCCAGGUGACGAUCAGCUACUUCCUGAUGCUGAUCUUCAUGACCUUCAACGGCUGGCUGUGCAUCUCCGUAGUGCUGGGAGCGGGCAUGGGCUAUUUUGUCUUCGGCUGGAAGCGGGCCAUCAUCGUGGACGUGAACGAACACUGUCACUAGCGCCUUCCCCCCUCCUCUUACUGAAUAGGGACGGGCGGGAUGGUUGCCCUUUUGGAAACUCAAAGCACCUCAGAACGAAAACAGAAAAAUCUGAAUUUUUCCAAGUCCUGACACACGUCAGACACAGAGCAGGAAGUCACAUGUCCAGUGACUAGCUGUUCACGUGUCAAAAAAGCAUUCUUGUUUCAUUCGUUCAUUCUUGUGACUUCAUUUGCAUUUGGACAGCCAACUGAGUGAUUGACUUGUUAAUGUUAUUGACUUGAUCACAACAGUAGUUUUGAAUCGCAAGCUUUUUCUCCAUAUCAUUUUCUGGCAUGCAGUUCAUGUACACUACAUGAAAAGUGGGGCAGAGUUGCUGGCUUCAAUUGAUUUUAAUUUCCCUAGAGCAAGUGGAAAUUCAAGUACCAAAACACAAGAAAUUACUACAGUCAACCUCAAGAACGAUUGUUUGUAACUUAGUUUCUUGAGGUAAACAAAUUGGUACUUAAAAUGUAGCUCGGCAAAUACUGAAAAUUCUGUGAUGAGACACUUUGGUCUUGCUCCAUCAUUUCCUGGAAAGCACUGCCAAAGGCUCAGAAUUUUGGUCGCUGUCCAUUUUAUGUUAGUCGCUACAACAUUCACAAUGUGCAUGGAGGGAAAGUUAUCUUUUGUCAUCAGUGGGACCUUCAAGAUGCUUAUAGUUCUUUGAACUAACGGCAAAAGUCAUACUUUGUCAAAGCUACGUUAUUUUACUCAGUAUAAGCAGUUGCCUUGCCUGGUACGCUUUGUUCUCUGGAUUCCAUAUGUUGCACCAGACCACAUUUUCAUGCAUUCGCAAUAAGGAGGGGUUUUUUUUAGUCGAAUGCUUUGACAACUAGACGUACUGUCAUAAAUUUAUACUAUCUUGCCCUCGACAGAUAUGCAUGUGAUUCCAUGAUCAUUGUGUGAUCACUGUUUGUUUUUUUUUCCUGUGAAGUUGUCAUAAGUGACCUCGCCCGUUUACUUGCGUGGAUCUGGAACCCACGUUUUUACAAACCGAAAAAUUCUCUCUCCGGGCUGUUCUUCACUCCCCCUACCCCACCUGUUGAAAAUUUUUGUAACCCAACUCUAAAUCUGCCUCAUAUUCAUCCCAACAGCACUAACUGCAGACAUGGCUAACAGUUAAUUGAAAUAUAUUUAAAAGAAGAAGAGUGGUGAUGUAUUUGCCACCGGUGGGGAAACCAAAAAUCUAUGGUCUCUGCAGGCCUGUGGUUUACGUAAAGUGUCUGUGUAGUGCUUAGCUGAUUGUGGAUUCAACUUCUGCCCUAUCAAUGAACCAUGUACAUGUAAUUAUAUUAUCUUAUCGUCGGUAUUCGGAGAAAUCACUUUCGCAUAGUUGUUUUUAGUCAGUUUUAAGUAUGUUUUGUUUUUUUUGGUUUUUUAAUUAAUAUUUGUUGCACGUCCUGGAAAUUAUUGAAAAGCAGGGACCAAGACCACAAGAAAAACGAUUUUUCUGAUAAUUGAUCAAGACAACUCCCAGAGAACUUGGGAGUCAGUUUGCCCCUACCGUGGCGAGGCGUGAGGACAUCCGCAGUUCUGUAAUCUGGUCCUCACAUCCUGUGUAGCAGUAAUGUCCAUUGUAAGUUCAGUCUCAAAGUCCUUUCCUACGACCAGUCUCGAUUACCGGGGUGAAUGAUGACGAGGGAAUGCCUCUGUCACAGGUCAUUUAAACGGCUCGUAAGUGACUCGUGACUUGGCUUGCGACUGGCUGGCUUGUGAUGGACCUGAAGGGACCUUUGAUGGACUCUGCUGCAGUUGCUCUGGUCACAAUUAAGUCACAGUCAUCCAAUCUCAAGCCGCAAGCUUUUGAAAUAAAAAGUGACACCGGACGUCCUUCACCGCUCAUUCUAUCGGACUAUUACCUGACCUGGUGUGGUGUGAUGUCAUGAACUACAUUUACACAAUGUGCAUGUGUGCAACUCCUGUGCGCUAUAUUUGAGACAGGCUUUGAAAUGAUGAGAAUUACGUAUGGAUAUACAUGUAUUAUGAAUUCGGAAAUGCACCGAGACGCUUGCUAUGUAAUCAGAAAGAUUUAAAGCAUUAGUUUUAUUUGUGUUAUCAGGUUUGCUUUGCGGUCGAAACAAUGAGGGAAAUUGAUAUACGGAUUUUUACACCAGCCGGACUAGUUCCAUUUUUGAAUAGUUGUAGCUGUGAUUUUUUAUUUUGUAAAUGGAUUUAUAAGCUUGCUUCGUUAUGGUUUCAACAAUUGGGGAAAGUCAAGAGUGAGUUUAGUUUCAAGUGGAAGUUCUUUGUGAGGUGGGUUCAAAUUUACACCGUGAAGUCUAUGAUGGACAAAAGAGGCCUACGUGUACUUUCAAGUACAUAUUGCGGCGCACAGAGGUACUUUUCUUUUACUGUGUCCUCUUUGAUUCAUAGUACAGUAAUUGUGAGCAUGUAUUGUGUUGAUGGAUUAUUCUUAAUUGGAUUUAGGCGUGCAGUUCGAAGAGUUGUGUUUGUCAAGAUAUUCACCAAAACUGCGCAAAAAAAUCGAAUUACGUCAAUUUAAAGAAGCGUAAAAUUAAUUAAAUUUUUUAAACCGCAGAAUAUAUAUAUAUAUAUUAAACAGACCGAUAAAUGGGUUAGCAUUCGUAAAAGCGACCCAGAAGAAACUUUAACAAAUUACAUUCAUUACAUAUAUUACAUUCAAUUGUGCCUGAACAGUUGUCAUUCAUGAAAAACAAUGCAAACGACUCCGGUGUUGGAUGUGUUGAAUGUAUUCAACACAGUGCCCGGAGUGACUUUUGAAUAAUUAGAUAUAUGCCUACUCCAUGAGACCAAUUCUAUUUUUCCCUGUUUCUGAUCGGAAGUUAGACAUUGCUUUAAGCUUGGUUAGUUUAGGGUUUUUGUGAAGAUGUCUCGGAAAUUAUCGUAGUAGAAAUUGACAAAGCAAUGAAUAAAAAGGCCCUUUGUAUCAAAAACUGUGAAAAGA